AUGGAGUUCUCCGUUUGUCCCCGACAACCCACUAUUCGCAUAAACUCCCUCUCCCUCUCCAACUUCUCCGUCUCGGAAACAAAGUUGGCCGCCGUCUGGAUCGCCAACCUGACGGUGUUUAACCCCAGCAUCGCCUUGCGGAUCUCCAUCGAUGAAAUCGAAAGCUCGAUACUUUACAGAGAAGACAACCCUCUCUCCAUAACUUCUGUCAAUGGCUUCCAUUUGGGGUUGAGGGAGAAAAAAGUUAUGCAGAUAAAGUUUCAGACGACCGGGUGGGAAGGCGACCAGCCAAUAGUGGAGUACCCGGUGUUGAGGGAGAUUGGUGGGGAUAGGAGACGCGGAACGGUACCGUUUAGCUUGAGGAUGACGAUGUGGGGAACGAACGGCGGUGGGUUGUUACGGUGGUCGAGGCCUGUUCUGGUUAAUUCUUAUUGCUCUGUUUUGGAUGUCGGAAUGCUCGCCGGAACUGGAAAGGGCACGCUGACCGUAGAUGGCCCCACUAAUUGUUUGGCAAUGAUGCUUCUUGAUUAA